GCGAGCAACAGAUCGACCCCUCUCUCUCUCUGUGCUGCAAAAUCUGAGCAAUGGCGUCGUAUGAUUACCAAUACCAGUACCCGAAAGCUCCCAUGGAAGUGAAAGUCACCGUCACUUCAGCCAAGGACCUCAAGAACGUGAACUGGCGUCACGGAGCCCUCAAACCCUAUGCGGUCAUCUGGGUGGACUCGAAAUCCAAAUGCACCACCAAUGUCGACGGCAAUGGCGACACUUCCCCCAACUGGGAUGAGACCCUCGUCCUCCCUCUCAUCGCUCCGAUCGAAGAUGCCGUCCUCUUCACCGAUAUCGUUCACGCCAAUGCCGAUGAGGAUACCAAACCCCUGAUCGGCUCGGCCAGAGUCCCUCUCAAGGAGAUACUGGACGACGUCGGCAUUGGUGAGUCCGCCUCCCGGAAACUGCAGCUCCGCCGCCCAUCUGGCCGUCCGCAAGGGAAGUUGGAGAUCAAAGUUGUCGUUCGUGACACUCACUAUCGUGCGCCGGACCCUUACUACGCUCCACCGUAUGGGGUCCCACCACCUGCUGCUGCUUCUCGUGACUAUGCCAGCCCUUAUGGAAACCCAUAUGCUCCACCACCGCCGGUUCCGUCCUACGCCGCAACACCGCCACCAUCUGGGUAUCCUGCUGCAUAUGGUGCUACUGCGUACGGGCAGCCUGCGUCUUAUGGACAACCAGCGGCGUAUGAACAGCCGCCGGUGGAGGAGAAGAAGAAGAAGAGUAAAUAUGGAAUUGGGACGGGAUUGGCUGUGGGUGCGGUUGGAGGGGUGCUUGGUGGAUUGGCGCUGGCGGAGGGUGUGGAUUACGUGGAGGACAAGAUCGAGGAUCACGUGGUUGAGAAGGUCGAGGAGGAUCUUGGGUAUGAUCAGGAUGGCUUCUAUUGACCACUAGAUGUGAUCAUGACCUCAUUGGUCCUACUUGAUGUGGGGGCUUUUGGGGUUUGG